CCGUGGCUUCUGGGCGGCUGCAGACGCCCUUGGAAGUUCUUGGCCGGGCAGGUUAUGGCGGGAUCCGUACGGGGCGGUGGGGCCAGGGCCCUGGACCUCCUGCGGGCUUUACCGCGUGUGAGCCUGGCCAACUUAAAACCUAAUCCCGGCUCCAGGAAACCGGAGAGACGGCCAAGAGGUCGGAGAAGAGGUAGAAAAUGUGGCAGAGGCCAUAAAGGAGAAAGACAGAGAGGAACCCGGCCCCGACUAGGCUUUGAGGGAGGCCAGACUCCAUUUUACAUCCGAAUCCCAAAAUACGGGUUUAAUGAAGGACACAGCUUCAGACGCCAGUAUCAGCCUCUGAGUCUCAAUAGACUGCAGUAUCUUAUAGAUUUGGGACGAGUUGACCCUACGCAACCUAUUGACUUAACCCAGCUUGUCAAUGGGAGAGGUGUGACCAUCCAGCCCCUUAAAAGGGAUUACGGUGUCCAGCUGGUAGAGGAGGGUGCUGACACCUUCAAGGCAAAAGUUAAUAUUGAAGUACAGAUGGCUUCAGAGCUAGCCAUUGCUGCAGUUGAGAAGAACGGCGGUGUUGUCACUACAGCCUUCUAUGACCCAAGAAGUCUGGAAAUUCUGUGCAAACCUGUUCCAUUCUUUCUGCGUGGACAGCCCAUCCCAAAGCGAAUGCUUCCACCUGAAGCACUGGUGCCUUACUACACUGAUGCCAAAAACCGUGGUUAUCUGGCAGAUCCUGCCAAAUUUCCUGAAGCAAGACUUGAACUCGCCAGGAAGUACGGCUAUAUUUUACCUGAUAUUACUAAAGAUGAACUCUUCAAAAUGCUCAGUACUCGAAAGGAUCCAAGGCAGAUUUUCUUUGGUCUUGCCCCAGGAUGGGUGGUAAAUAUGGCAGAUAAGAAAAUCCUGAAACCUACAGAUGAGAAUCUCCUUAAAUACUAUAGUUCAUGAAUUCCAGAAGAGACCAAACCAUAAAGAUUUCUCAUUGCAUUUUCCUAAUAUAUAAUUCUUGAGAUGUUGAUGUCAGUUUUCAGUACAAUCAUCUGUUUUUUCAUUUUCACCUAAAAUUAAAAUAAAACUUCAGGAAGCAGGGACUGCAUGGAGGAACUGGGUUUGUGUGAUCUGUUUCAAAGUUGCAAACCCCUUGGUGGUCUAUUGAAGGAAGAUUGUAACCAUUUUUUUUAAAAGAUUUAUUUAUUUAUUUAUUUAUUUAUUUAUUUAUUUAUUUAUUUAUUUGAAAGUCAGAGUUACACAGAGAGAGGAGAGGCAGAGAGAGAAGUCUUCCAUCCACUGGUUCACUCCCCAGUUGGCUAAUCCAAAAGCCAGGAGCCAGGAACCUCUUCUGGGUCUCCCACAUGGGCGCAGGGGCCCAAGUACUUGGGCCAUUUAUACUGCUUUCCCAGGCCAUAGCAGAAAGCUGGAUUAGAAGUGGAGCAGCCGGGGCUCAAAUUGGUGCCCAUAAGGGAUGCAGGCACUGCAGGCGGCAGCUUUACCCACAACGCCACAGCACUUGCCCCCAUUUUUUUUUUUUUUUUUAAGAUUUAUUUAUUCAAAGAGUUACAUAGAGGGUGAGGCAGAGGCAUAGAGAGAGGUCUUCCAUCCAUUGAUUCACUCUCCAAAUGUUUGUAACUGCCAGGGCUGGACCAUGCCGAAGCCAAGAGCCAAGAGCUUCAUCUGGGUCUCCCACGUGGGUGCAGGGGCUCAAGGACUGGGGCCAUCUUUUGCUGUUUUCCCAGGCUCAUUAGCAGGGAAUUUGUCCAGAAGUAGAGCAGCUGGGACUUGAAUCAGUGCUCAUAUGGAUGCUAGCACUACAGGCAGCACCUUCACCUGCUACACCACAGCCGGCCCUAGAUUGUAACCAUUUUGGACCAUAAGACUUAUGAUCUUUUCCCUCUGGACUUCCUCUUAUUGUUUCUAUUUAUUUAUUUGUUUGUUUGUUUUUUGAGAGAGAGAGAGAGAGAAAGGUCUUCCUUCCAUCCUUCCAUUGGUUCACCCCCCAAAUGGCUGCUACCACCGGUGCUGCGCUGAUCCGAAGUCAGGAGCCAGGUGCUUCUUCCUGGUCUCCCACGUGGGUACAGGCGCCCAAGCACUUGGGCCACAGCGGAGAGCUGAACUGGAAGAGGAGCAACUGGGACUAGAACCCUGUGCCCAUAUGGGAUGCUGGCGCUGCAGGCGGAGGAUUAGCCAAGUGAGCCAUGGUGCUGGCCCCUCCUCUUAUUGUUGCAAGUCAGAAUGAAGCCACAGUAGAAUGGGACUGAACUGUAGGUGCAGCCAAAGUUGGACAGAUUCACAUGAGCCUUGGGCAUCAGGAUGGCAAAGGCUCAGCCUCUAAGAAGAUCAGAGGAUAUGAGAGGAAGGUUUCAGGUUGUGAAUAGCUUCCAGGUAGCACAUUUGCAAGCAACAUCGGAGGUUAGAGAAACAAAUUUCAAGUGAAUUCAUUUUCUUAACUCUGAUUAGACAAUAACCAAACCAGUAUCAUUUUUUCUUGAAAGAUAAGUGUUCUGAUUCAAACUCAUGUAAGUUUACUUAUUUCAGACAUUGUAGACCUUUGCAUUUCAGUCAUUUCAAAGAAUCUUGGAAAAAUUGAUGAUCAUUUAAGCCGUAGCAACAAUUGGAAAUGUGAAAAUUAAACUCAGUUCAUGUGGAAGAUUUGGCAGUUAAGCUUAAUUAAAGAUUGAUCUUGAAUAAUUGAUGAUAAUUCUGCCACAGUAGAAAUGAUUCCUAGUUGUGUAUUUUCUUAAAAAUUUAAAGGCCUAAAUAGAUUGGUAUUUAGCCUUUUUUAUUUUUUUAAAAAAAGUAUUUAUUUGAAAGAGUUACAGAGAGGCAGAGACAGAGAGAGGUCUUCCCUCCGCUAGUUCACUCCCCAAAUGGCCACAAUAGUGGGAGUUGAGCCAAUCUGAAGCCAGGAGCCAGGAGCCAGAAGCUGCAAAAAGAGAGAGAGGUCCUCCUUUUUUUAAAAAAGUUAUUAUUUAUUUGAAAGAGUUACACAGAGAGAGGAGAGGCAGAGCGAGAGGUCUUUAUCCGCUGGUUCACUCCCCUAUUGGCUGUAAUGGCUGGAGCUGCGCUGACCUGAAGCCAGGAGCCAGAAGCUUCCUCUGGGUCUCCCAUGCGGGUGCAGGGUCCCAAGGACUUGGGCCAUCUUCUGCUGCCUUCCCAGGCCAUUGCAGAGAGCUAGAUCAGAAGUGGAGCAGCGCCCAUACAGGAUGAUGGCACUGUAGGUGGCAGCUUUACCUGCUAUGCCACGGUGCUGGCCUCAGGAGUGUACUUUUGAGGGUCCCUACGUGCCCCUCUCUGGCCUCUCCAAGUAGAAGGACUAAGCUACUCUGACAACACUCAUGGAAGGAAAAAGAGUUAAACAUAAGACUUGCUUGACUUGGUUGUCUUAGGUGACCUAUAGGUGAAAGGAAAUCGAGGCCGGCGCCGUGGCUCAGUAGGCUAAUCCUCCGCCUUGUGGCGCCGGCACACCGGGUUCUAGUCCCGGUCGGGGCACCGGAUCCUGUCCCGGUUGCCCCUCUUCCAGGCCAGCUCUCUGCUGUGGCCAGGGAGUGCAGUGGAGGAUGGCCCAAGUUCUUGGGCUCUGCACCCCAUGGGAGACCAGGAUAAGCACCUGGCUCCUGCCAUCGGAACAGUGCGGUGCGCCGGCUGCUGUCAAAAAUUAAAAAAAGAAAAGAAAAGAAAGGAAAUCGAGAUAGAAUAAUAAAGAGAAGAAGGAAAAGAGGAGAUAGAUAUGUUAGGUGUCUUGCUCAGACAGUACUUAGGGAGCCUGGGCUUAGUCACCAACAGCUGUAUCCCAGUCUUCAUGUUGUAAUCAUGUAGCUCAUUCUUGGCCAAAAUAGGCAUGUUCAACACAACCCAUCCAUUGUGUUUAAUAAAGGUAAUCCUUAAAUGACUGGGGAGCAGGAGACAGGUUUAUUUUAACUUCAAUCAUCUGGACUGUAAGGUACUGGCGUCUGGUUGUACUCAUGUCAUUAACAAGGGUUUUGUAGGACAGAGUACCUUGGUAGAUGGUAACUUCAUGACUUUGAUGUUUUUAUUAUUUUUUAAAGAUUUAUUUAUUUUGAAAGUCUGUUACAGAGAGGGAGUGACACAGUGAGAUAUCUUCCAUCCACAGAUAAUUCACUCCCCAGAUGGCAACAGUGACUAGCACUAGGCCAGGCCAAAGCCAGGAGCCAAGAGUUCCAUGUGGGUCUUGCAAGUGAGCGGCAGGGGUCCAAACACUUUGGCCAUCCUCCGCUGCUUUUCCCAAGCCAUUAGCAGGGAGCUGGAUCAUAAGUAAAGGAGACAGGAUAUGAACUGGCACAAAUAUAGUAUGCCAGAGCUCAGAUGGUGGCCCAACCCACUAUACUGCAAUGCUGCCCAUCCUCCUCCCCUCCUGUUUUAAAAGAUUUAUUUAUGUAUCUGAGAGGCAGAGUUACAGAGAGAGAGAGAGAGAUGUCUUCUGUUGGCUGGCUCACUCCCCAAAUGGCCACAAUGGCCAGAGUUGGGAUGACCUGAAGCCAGGAACCAGGAGCUUCCUUAAGGUCCCCCACAUGGAUACAGGGACCCAAGCACUUUGGCCUUCUUCACUGCUUUCUCAGGCCAUUAGCAGAGAGCUGGAUCAGAAUAAGAGCAGCCAGGACAUGAACAGGGAUGGGAUGCUGGCACUGCAGCGGAUACUUAACCUACUACACCACAGUGCUGGCCCCAGACCCUUUAUCUUUUUAAAUAAAUAUGUAUUUAAAAGGUAGAGAGCACUCUUCUAUCCACUGAUUCACUUCCAAAUGCAACAGUUAGGGCUGGGCUAGGCUGGAGCUGAAGCCAGAAGCCCAGAAGUCAACUGGGGACUCCCACAUGCAUGGCAGGGACCCAAGUAUUUGAACGAUCACUUGCUGCCUCCCACAAUGUACAUUAGCAGGAAGCUGAAAUCAGGUGCGUAGUUGGGACUUGAACCGAGGCACUCCAAUAUGCCAUUCAGAUGUCCCAAGCAAUGGUUAAGUGCUGUGCCAAAUGGUUAUACCCUAGUAGCUUUAUCUUGUGAAGACUUAACAUCAUUUGGAACUCUAAGUAUAAAAGCAAGAGGGCUUAAGUCUAGAUCUUAGUUCUUUCUUGGUAUGUGGUAUCAGCUAUUCUCAGUUUACCUGGCCAGUGUGUUUCUAAGGCAAAAAUUUGAGCUAAUAUGCAUAUUAAAAGUUUCACUAUGAGACAUAGUUGUGGUAUAGUGGGUUAAGCCUAUGCCUUCCAUGCCAGCAUCCUAUAUGGUAGCCAGUUCAAAUCCUGGCUGCUCAACUCUAAUUCAGCUCCCUGCUAAUGUGUCUGGGAAAAGUAGUGAAAGUUAGCCCAAGUACUUGGACCCCUGCCACUUGUGUAAGAGACCUGGAUAAACUUCCUGGCUCCUGGCUUCAGCCUGGCUCAGCCCUGGCCAUUGCAGCCAUUUGGGAAGUGAACCAGCAGAUGCAAGAUCUUUCUAUAAUUCUGCCUCUCACAUAAAAUUUUUAAAAUUUUAAAGGUUUAUUUAUUUAUUUGAGACAGAAGUCUUCUAUCUGCUGGUUCACUUCCUAGAUGGCCACAAAGGCUGGAACAGAGCCAAGUUGAUCCAGAGCCAGGAGCCAGGAACUUCUUCCGGGUCUCCCACAGGGGUGCAGGAACCCAGCACUUGGGCCAUCUUCCACUGCUUUCCUAGGCCAUAAGCAGAAAGCUGGACCAGAAGAGGAGUAGCCAGGACAUGAACCGGUAUCCAUAAUGGGAUGCUGGUACCUCAGGUGGAGGCUUAGCCUACUAUGCCACAGCAAUGGCCCUAUAUAUAUUUUUAAGAUUUACUUAUUUGAAAGGUAUGGUUACAGAGAGAGAGAGAAAGAGAGAGAGAGAGAAAUCUUCCAUCUUCUGGUUCACUUCCCAAAUGGCCGCAGUGGCCAGAGCUGAGCUGGUCUGAAGCCAGGAGCCAGAAGCUUCUGGGUCUCCCAUGUGGGUUCAGGGGAUCAAGCAUUAGGGCCAGCCUCUGCUGCUUUCCCAGGCACUUUUUUAGAGGGCUAGAUCAGAAGUAGAGCAGCUGGGACUCAAACUGGAGUACAUAUGAGAUGCCAGUGCUGCAGAUGGCUUUUUCCAUAAUAUGCAUUUUCUGUGAACUCUCUGAAAAUCUCUUGUACGCAUGGAUUUCAAAGUGGUUAUGCACCAUAAAUAAACAUAUCUUCAUUCCAUUUCCAUGAACUUGUUGAUGUGCCUUCAUAUGUCUUUAUAACUGGACACUGUGUCUGCCUUUCGCCUCUGCUGCCUCCAAUCCCCUUGGUGAUGUUGGCCUCUGGCAAACCCUGUGCACUGUAGCUCUGUCCCAUUGGAAAGACGAUUCCUUCCUCCUCUUUGAAGAGGCUCUCCUUCUUUUGCCUGGAUUUUACUGCUGAGUCAUGUUCCUUUAUAAUGAUGUACUACAGUUUGCUCAAUUUACAUUCCGUUUUUUCUCAUUAUUACUAAACCACAUAAUUGUAAUUUUGGACUUAUCCAUGUCAGUGUAUGUUUAAAUAAUGCAUAUUUUCUUGA